CGUCCCCCGCUGGCGGCCACCAUGAGCACAGGACUGCGGUACAAGAGCAAGCUGGCGACCCCAGAGGACAAGCAGGACAUCGACAAGCAGUACGUUGGCUUUGCCACACUGCCCAACCAGGUGCACCGCAAGUCAGUCAAGAAGGGUUUCGACUUCACGCUCAUGGUGGCUGGCGAGUCCGGUCUGGGGAAGUCCACCCUUGUCCACAGCCUCUUUCUGACUGACCUGUAUAAGGACCGGAAACUGCUGAGUGCUGAGGAACGCAUCAACCAGACAGUAGAGAUCCUGAAGCACACGGUUGACAUUGAGGAGAAGGGAGUCAAGUUGAAGCUCACCAUUGUGGACACGCCCGGAUUUGGGGACGCAGUCAACAACUCUGAAUGUUGGAAGCCCAUCACUGACUAUGUGGACCAGCAGUUUGAGCAGUAUUUCCGCGAUGAAAGUGGCCUCAACCGCAAGAAUAUCCAGGACAACCGGGUGCACUGCUGCCUGUACUUCAUCUCCCCCUUCGGACACGGGUGUGUGGCCUGCCCUGGUGCCUGGGCUCAGGGUGGACACUCCUGUCUCCACGUCACUGCCCCUCCUUCUCUCUGCAGACUGAGGCCAGUGGACGUAGGCUUCAUGAAGGCGCUGCAUGAGAAGGUGAACAUUGUUCCCCUCAUCGCCAAAGCUGACUGCCUGGUCCCCAGUGAGAUCCGGAAGCUGAAGGACAGGAUACGGGAGGAGAUUGACAAGUUUGGGAUCCAUGUGUACCAGUUUCCAGAAUGUGACUCAGAUGAAGAUGAAGACUUCAAGCAACAGGACCGGGAACUGAAGGAAAGUGCACCCUUCGCUGUUAUCGGCAGCAACACUGUGGUGGAGGCCAAGGGGCAGCGGGUCCGGGGGCGACUGUACCCCUGGGGGAUCGUCGAAGUGGAGAAUCAGGCGCACUGCGAUUUUGUCAAGCUCCGGAACAUGCUCAUCCGCACUCAUAUGCACGACCUCAAAGACGUGACGUGUGACGUGCACUAUGAAAACUACCGUGCCCACUGCAUCCAGCAGAUGACCAGCAAGCUCACACAGGACAGCCGCAUGGAGAGCCCCAUCCCUAUCCUCCCACUACCCACACCAGAUGCGGAGACGGAGAAGCUCAUCAGGAUGAAGGAUGAAGAGCUGAGGCGCAUGCAGGAGAUGUUGCAGAAGAUGAAGCAGCAAAUGCAAGACCAGUGACACCAGCCACAGCCCCAAAGAUAGACGGCCGGUUUCAGGGCUGGCUGGCCCUUCCUACCCCUGGAUCCCAGACUGUCCUGGAUUCCAUCCUGGGUUCAUCUGGAUCUCAGAAGGCCUGGACCUAACCCUAAUCCAAAGUGGCUUUGACCAGACUGUUCAGACCUGGAGCUACAGAGCCACAGCCCCCAGAUGACCCUAAUUUAUUCUCAGUAUCC